AUGGGAAACCCGUCACGCCAGCGUCGACCGCCCUGGAAUGGGCGACCGAAGCAAACCUCGAAGAGGCAAGGCUCCAACCAGCCUUCAUCCACCAAUGCGAAUGCGACCCCGCCCGUUCCCCCGCCGGCUGGUGUGAAAGUGCCAAUGGUGAAAGAACAGGUGCUGAGGCUGAUUCAACCACGUGUACCUCUUGAUACACGCGCGGAGAUACUCUCCGGCAUUAAUGCUCUCGUCGAUGCGCAAGAAGACUACCUGAAGAGGAACAUGCUUCGACAGGACCUCUACUCGGUUACGCAUCUGCGGGAGGCCAUGGAGCGCUGUCAGCACGAGGCGCGUGGCCUACACGCCUCUCAUCAGCUACCGGUGGAAAUCCGAAAGUUCCGCAAUUCUGAAGCCAACGAUCUGGCGCUUCGUGAGGGUGACAGCGGCUCGUCUCCACUCAACAUCUUCAUCGCCGCUUUUCAAAAAGCGCGCGGCCACAAGUUCGACAUGAGACUGCUCGAAUUCCUGCAAUCGCUCGCUGACGGCACCAAGCCCAUGGAGAGGGAUUGGGUGAUCAGCUUCGGCCCGAAGAGUCCGCGCAAGCAGCUAUCCGGAACGGCCUCAACACUUGAAGUUGCCACGACGACCGAUAGUCAAGAUCCGCUCACCAACCGGCCGGAGCUGGGCUCGCUCGCCGAUUCUCCAGGCCAAAGUGAUGAGGAAGUGAGCCAUCACCAUCAAGCCCGUGGUCUCCUGAAAGCGGCGGCGCCACUCGGCAACCCAAUUCCGCGACGCCCCCGUUCGUUGUCUCGGAUGCGUUCUGCACGUACCUCUUCAUACGAUCUUGGCGUCGUCUCGUCGAGGUCCAGUCGUGGCCUGGAGCUGGAAGUGGCCCCAGUGGGAAACGGCAAUGAUGGCGAGGAAGCGACAACAUCUGACGAGCGCAGCCGCAACCCACAGCGCCCGAGACUGCCACCAAUAAACCGGCAUGCUCCUGACGCCCCUCCACCGCCGUUCACCAAGCCCAUGGCGCGCAUAGCGGCGCUACCAGCAGUGAAAGCCGCACCAGUUCCGUCGCCACUUGCCCGUACCCCAGCCGUGACCCAACCACCACCACCCGCGCCUCCGUUGCCAGCGAACCUCCUAGCUCCAAAGGGCAAUGUCAGCGGGCCUCCACCUCCUCCGGCUCCUCCGUUGCCUCCGAAUCUCCUCGGCUCUACCAGUGCUGUCAAGGUUCCACCGCCUCCCCCACCUCCGCCGCCGGCCAACUUGCUUGUGCGUCAAGGCCGUUUCACCCCCGCGCACGUCACCAAAUCAACGGAGAGCUGGCGAAAGGAUCGAAAGACGAGCAUGCUGCGAUCGGCUGACUGGGUCGAAGGCUAUGCUAUUCAGAACGAAUCAACGAUCUGGAACGACCCGGAGCUCUCGCGGCCCGACUUCAGUGAGGCCGAGCAAAAGGAGGCAAGUGUUGACUGUUUACUUUUGAAGUUAGUGUUUCAGCUUCUUUGCGCGUUCGAAAUGGUUGACAAGGCCCCGCAUCGGAAGACAGGCACCAUCCAAAUGGCCUUUCCCGCCUCACCGCUGCUCAAAACGCCCGUCUCGGCCCGUGCGGGAGUGCCGGCUUCGCCGGCGAUGUCUGCUAAGCGGAAGCCGAUCCUCGAUGACCGUCAAGCUAUGCAGAUAGCGUUCCCGCUAAAGACUCAACUCCGAGGCUCGACGGUAGAUGCGUGGAUAGAACGGGUCAAAGCCUCUGACGGCCAGCUCAAUAUCGACACCCUGGCCGCCCUCAUCAAGGCAUGGCCUACGGACACGCAGUUGCUCGCCUUCGAAAAAGUGGAGCGCGAAGACCUGCAUGGCAACGAAGAUCUCUUCUGCUGGGAAGUGUCUCGUCAAAAGAACCUCAAGCCCCGCUGUCAGCUAAUCGUGGCCGUGGCCGACUAUGAAGAAAAGAUCCGUCUCCUCUCCAAUGCCACCGAUGAGCUGGAAAAGGCAGUGGCUGGCUCACAAAGCGAGGCCAUCAAGCAGCUUCUGACGAAAUGCCUCAACUACGGAAACUUCUUGAACCAGGGCUCAACGCUAGCCAACCGUGCCGGCUACCGGCUCACCGCCCUAAAGUCGAUCCUCGAAUUCAAGAAUCAACGCGGCCGCACUAUCGUCUCCAUAAUCGCAGAGCACACGUCGUUCGAGGUGGCCGAGCUGGAGGGCCUGGCCAAGGAUCUGCUUGUCAAGGCCGACCUGAAGGAAUCAGAGGACCAGGCGAAGAAAUGGCGCAUGGAGCUGACUGCACAUCUGCGACUGCUCGAAAAGACGACGGACACCGAGCUGCAGGAGCGAUUCACCGCUCGCCUGAAGGCUUUUAGCGAGGAAUUGGACGAUGUGGUGCGAAGACUAGCGGAGUUGCGCGCCCGCGAGAAGGAGCUGCUAACCUACUUCUGCGCGAUGAAGAUGUCCAUUGAGAAGAUGUUCGGCUGCUUGGCCGAAUGCGUGACGCUUUGGGUGGCUGCGAUAAAGCAACUAGCCGCUGAUCGGCAACGCGAAGAGAAGGAGGAGAAGCGCCGCCAGUACGCCGCCACGCACCUGCCUAGCCCAAAACCGAAACGGUCAACCACCACCGAUGAGCUCGCCAGCCCUCGCGAUCAGAUGCUGGCCGAACUGAAGCAGCGCGCCGGCCUUCUCAACGAA